CGGCGGCCCUCCAGCGGAGCUAAGCGGGGCAGAGCAUCCUGCGCCCCGGCGCGGGGCCCCGCGGUAGCCUUGGGCCGCUCCCACGAACCUGCCGCAGACCCAGGCAAUACACUAAAAGUGCUGUGACGGGGGUUGGAGCCACAAGGUUUGACCACUGGAUGAGUGCAGUGUUCUUAUAAAACUCUUUCCUUCCAGCCUGUUCAGGAAUUGUUGCAAGAUUUGAUCCAUCCAUUCACUCUGUUUAAAAAGAGGCCACCCACCCGCUGACAUUUACUCUGUGCCUGCUUUGGGCAGCAUUCCACAUCCUGUAAUGUUAUAUAACCCUCAGAGUAAGUCACUGAGGGCAGGGACUGUUGUUAAGUAUCACCCUUUUACAGUGCAGAAUACACAAACUGCAGCCAUGACCACCCACGUCACCCUGGAAGAUGCCCUGUCCAACGUGGACCUGCUGGAAGAGCUGCCCCUCCCCGACCAGCAGCCAUGCAUCGAGCCGCCACCUUCCUCCAUCAUGUACCAGGCUAACUUUGACACAAACUUUGAGGACAGGAAUGCAUUUGUCACAGGAAUUGCAAGGUACAUUGAGCAGGCUACGGUCCAUUCCAGCAUGAAUGAAAUGCUGGAGGAAGGACAUGAGUAUGCAGUCAUGCUGUAUACCUGGCGCAGCUGUUCCCGGGCCAUCCCCCAGGUGAAAUGCAAUGAGCAGCCCAACCGGGUUGAGAUCUAUGAGAAGACAGUGGAGGUGCUGGAGCCAGAGGUCACCAAGCUCAUGAAGUUCAUGUACUUUCAGCGUAAGGCCAUCGAGCGGUUCUGCAGUGAGGUGAAGCGCCUUUGCCAUGCCGAGAGGAGGAAGGACUUUGUCUCCGAGGCCUACCUCCUGACCCUGGGCAAAUUCAUCAACAUGUUCGCCGUCUUGGAUGAACUGAAGAAUAUGAAGUGCAGCGUCAAGAACGACCACUCUGCCUACAAGAGGGCGGCACAGUUCCUGAGGAAGAUGGCAGACCCCCAGUCCAUCCAGGAGUCGCAGAACCUUUCCAUGUUCCUGGCCAACCACAACAGGAUCACCCAGUGUCUCCAUCAGCAACUGGAAGUGAUCCCAGGCUACGAGGAGCUGCUGGCAGACAUUGUCAACAUCUGCGUGGAUUACUACGAGAACAAGAUGUAUCUGACCCCCAGUGAGAAGCACAUGCUCCUCAAGGUAAUGGGUUUUGGUCUCUACCUGAUGGAUGGAAAUGUCAGUAACAUUUACAAACUGGAUGCCAAGAAGAGAAUCAACCUCAGCAAAAUUGAUAAGUUCUUUAAGCAGCUGCAGGUGGUGCCCCUUUUCGGCGACAUGCAGAUAGAGCUGGCCAGAUACAUUAAGACCAGUGCUCACUAUGAAGAGAACAAGUCCAAGUGGACAUGUACCCAGAGCAGCAUCAGCCCCCAGUACAACAUCUGCGAGCAGAUGGUUCAGAUCCGGGAUGACCACAUCCGCUUCAUCUCCGAACUCGCUCGCUACAGCAACAGUGAGGUGGUGACAGGCUCCGGGCUGGACAGCCAGAAGUCAGACGAGGAAUACCGUGAGCUCUUCGACCUGGCCUUGCGGGGCCUGCAGCUUUUAUCCAAGUGGAGCGCCCAUGUCAUGGAGGUGUACUCUUGGAAGCUGGUUCACCCCACAGACAAGUUCUGCAACAAGGACUGCCCAGGCACAGCGGAGGAGUACGAGAGAGCCACACGCUACAACUACACCAGCGAGGAGAAGUUUGCCUUUGUCGAGGUGAUUGCCAUGAUCAAAGGCCUGCAGGUACUCAUGGGCAGGAUGGAGAGCGUCUUCAACCAGGCCAUCAGGAACACCAUCUACGCGGCCCUGCAAGACUUUGCCCAGGUGACACUGCGUGAGCCCCUGAGGCAGGCGGUGCGGAAGAAGAAGAAUGUCCUUAUCAGUGUCCUCCAGGCAAUUCGAAAAACCAUCUGUGACUGGGAAGGGGGCCGAGAGCCGCCUAAUGACCCGUGCUUGAGAGGGGAGAAGGACCCCAAAGGUGGAUUUGACAUCAAGGUGCCCCGGCGUGCUGUGGGGCCCUCCAGCACACAGGCCUGCCAGUGGUCCCCGCGGGCUUUGUUUCACCCCACUGGUGGCACACAGGGCCGAAGAGGCUGCCGAUCCCUGCUGUACAUGGUGCGGACCAUGCUUGAAUCACUCAUUGCAGACAAAAGUGGCUCCAAGAAGACCCUGAGAAGCAGCCUUGAUGGACCCAUCGUCCUCGCCAUAGAGGACUUCCAUAAACAAUCCUUCUUCUUCACGCACCUGCUCAACAUCAGUGAAGCCCUGCAGCAGUGUUGUGAUCUGUCUCAGCUCUGGUUCCGAGAAUUCUUCCUGGAGUUAACCAUGGGCCGGCGAAUCCAGUUUCCAAUUGAGAUGUCCAUGCCCUGGAUUCUAACAGACCAUAUCCUGGAAACCAAAGAACCUUCCAUGAUGGAGUACGUCCUCUACCCUUUGGACCUGUACAAUGACAGCGCCUACUAUGCUCUGACCAAGUUUAAAAAGCAGUUCCUGUAUGAUGAGAUUGAAGCUGAGGUGAACCUGUGCUUUGAUCAGUUUGUCUACAAGCUGGCGGACCAGAUCUUUGCUUACUACAAAGCCAUGGCUGGCAGUGUCCUGUUGGAUAAACGUUUUAGGGCCGAGUGUAAGAAUUAUGGAGUCAUCAUUCCAUACCCGCCGUCCAACCGCUACGAAACGCUGCUGAAACAGAGACAUGUCCAGUUGUUGGGUAGAUCAAUUGACUUAAACAGACUCAUUACUCAGCGUAUCUCUGCUGCCAUGUAUAAAUCCUUGGACCAGGCCAUCAGCCGUUUUGAGAGUGAGGACCUGACUUCCAUCGUGGAGCUGGAGUGGCUGCUGGAGAUCAACCGGCUCACGCACCGGCUGCUGUGUAAGCACAUGACCCUGGACAGCUUUGACGCCAUGUUCCGGGAGGCCAAUCACAACGUGUCUGCCCCCUAUGGCCGCAUCACCCUGCACGUCUUCUGGGAGCUGAACUUCGACUUCCUCCCCAACUACUGCUACAAUGGGUCCACCAACCGUUUUGUUCGAACUGCCAUUCCUUUUACUCAAGAACCGCAAAGAGAUAAACCCGCCAACGUCCAGCCUUAUUACCUGUAUGGAUCCAAGCCUCUCAACAUUGCUUACAGCCACAUCUACAGCUCCUACAGGAACUUCGUCGGGCCCCCCCAUUUCAAGACCAUCUGUAGACUCCUGGGUUACCAGGGCAUCGCCGUGGUCAUGGAGGAACUGCUGAAGAUCGUCAAGAGUUUGCUCCAAGGAACCAUUCUCCAGUACGUGAAGACACUGAUCGAGGUGAUGCCUAAGAUAUGCCGCUUGCCCCGACACGAGUAUGGCUCCCCAGGGAUCCUGGAGUUCUUCCACCACCAGCUGAAGGACAUCAUUGAGUAUGCAGAGCUCAAAACAGAUGUGUUCCAGAGCCUGAGGGAGGUGGGCAAUGCCAUCCUGUUCUGCCUGCUCAUAGAGCAAGCUCUGUCUCAGGAGGAAGUCUGUGAUUUGCUCCAUGCUGCACCCUUCCAAAACAUCUUGCCUAGAGUCUACAUCAAAGAAGGGGAGCGUCUGGAGGUCCGGAUGAAACGCCUGGAGGCCAAGUAUGCCCCUCUUCACCUGGUCCCUCUGAUAGAGCGGCUGGGGACCCCUCAGCAAAUCGCCAUCGCCCGGGAGGGCGACCUGCUGACCAAGGAGCGGUUGUGCUGCGGCCUGUCCAUGUUUGAGGUCAUCCUGACGCGCAUCCGGAGCUACCUACAGGACCCCAUCUGGCGGGGCCCACCGCCCACCAAUGGCGUCAUGCACGUCGAUGAGUGUGUAGAGUUCCACCGGCUCUGGAGUGCCAUGCAGUUCGUCUACUGCAUCCCUGUGGGGACCAACGAGUUCACAGCCGAGCAGUGUUUUGGUGACGGUCUGAACUGGGCCGGCUGCUCCAUCAUCGUCCUGCUGGGCCAGCAGCGUCGCUUCGACCUGUUUGACUUCUGUUACCACCUGCUAAAAGUACAGAGGCAGGACGGGAAGGAUGAGGUCAUUAAGAAUGUGCCACUGAAGAAGAUGGCAGACAGAAUUAGGAAGUACCAGAUCUUGAACAAUGAGGUUUUUGCCAUCCUGAACAAGUACAUGAAGUCCGUGGAGACGGACAGCUCCACCGUAGAGCACGUACGUUGCUUCCAGCCACCCAUCCACCAGUCCUUGGCCACCACCUGCUAGGCGGAAGGUCCUGCAGACCCUCGACCUGGAGGAGAAGAAGCAGGAGAGAGAAAGCCAUGGCCAGCCUGCAACAGGGUCCUCCUGGACAGCAUAUGGGAUAGGCCUGGACACAAACAAGAACCUCCCCAAACACAUCUACACCUCCCAAGGGCUGGGCCUGUGCAUGCUCUCCCAUGACAUCUCCAUGGUGGUUUCUCCAUAGCGUAAAUGAAAAAAAAAAAAAAAAUCAAAAGAAACAGGGCAGUAUGUGCUUUUUCUUUUCUUUUUUCCCCUCAGCUGUAUUAAGAGCCGUAGUCUCACCCCUUCUCCAUCUCACAGCCCCACCCCACAUCCAUGGUUGCUUCUCAAGACCUCCUCCCAAAUGGUGACCUCCUACCCAGUGCCCACACGUGACCUCAGAAGUGAAGUCUCAGAGCGGAGAAAAGAGCAUGGCCAUACCCCGAGAUACCAGCCUGAGCUGACAGGAGUAUGUCCACGUACCAACUUCCUCUCCUCCUCUGGCUCCCUCCCCGCAUUUUCCCAGGUGACAUCUCCCCCUGCUCUGGGUGCCAAGGAUUCUAGCACCCACAGCAGUCAUGGACCAGACACUGAGAGCCAUGGGAAACAGAAGACGAGGUUCCUGGUACUGACACCAUGAUAGAUGGUGGUGGCCCUGGCUGUCCCUGGACUCCCCAAACCCCACUCCCCUCUCAGGGUGCUCCUAGAGAGAACUCAGAAGUGCAUUCAUAAUCGUAUCUUACUUAGUGAAGUUAUGGUAGGAAGAUGGUCAGGCCUGUUGUGCAGAAACAGUAUUUAUUAACACAGCCAGGAAUUCCAUAGCCCCAAACAGAAAGCCAUUAGACCGUCUCAGCUUGGUGAGGAGGCGGUUCCUUUAUUCAUCAAUCAAAUACUGUGAGCACCAAGCUGCACAGGGCAGUGGAUGCUGGGGAUGCAGCAUGGAACAAGUCAGUCAUGCACUGCCCACCGCAUUAGCCAGUGACCAAAUUAGGGACAACUUCUCUGCACAGACUCUCAUCAAGGAACACUCCCACGAGAAAGAAAAUAUUAAGGGGUUAUUUCAACAGAAGCCCAAAACAUAUUGGAGUCAGGGAGGUGAGGAAUAUAAAUAACACUUGUCAAUGAGCUUUUAGUACCAGGAUGCACUCCCAGAAAAGGAGUUCUGUUCUACUGAAUCAGGACUUCCAUUGUCCUAGAAGCCGAAAGAUUCCUAGGACAUUUUAUCUUUUACUCUCAACAUCCUUAGUUCUCUUUAACUUAGAUUUUGAGGCCUGGGGCAUAUUGCACAGGGGCAUAUCUAUGUACAUUUCUCAGACUCAACCAAAAGUCUGCAGAAUCUCCCAGUGAGCAUAGGGAGACUGGUUAGGAUGGAAGGCUUUGGGAAUGAAUGUCUCAUUACGGAGCACCUCUUGCUCAAAGAAGCCUGGGACCCUGAGCUUGUAAGAAAAUAAAAGUGAGACAUUCAAUAUCUCAUCCCCAACCCAGGGAGGAAAAGAAAAGUGAGAAAAAUAGAACAAUAAUGAUCCCCUCCCUUAGGGUGGAUGAAUGGAAAUGGUUACCAUUAACAGAUGGCCCAUUUUAACCCCAUGGAAAGAGCAAAACAGUCCAUAGCAAGAGGUUGUGUGAUACACUGUGCCCACCAGGGAGGAAAGAAGGGCUCAUCAAAUGUGGUCCAAAGGCCUAUAUCAACAUGUCCUGAGAUUAGCACAUUGGAUGCAGAUUCCUGGGCCGUACCUCAAACCAAUUAACCAGAGUAAGGGAAAUCUGCACUAUCCACAAGCGCUCUUCGUUGUACUGUUGCACAAGGAAGUCUGAGGACCACUGCUGUAGAGGGUCUUUCCACCGCUAACUUGGGCUUUGAGCUCCUUCUGAGCCAUGAAAGAAAAUAUUUGUAGGGUAGGAAAGUGAUUCAGGGUGGACCGGCAGAUCCUCUCAUCCUUAGAUGCGACUUCCUAUUCUGAUUUUUUAAAUUUUUUCUUCUUGGUGACCAUAGAUGUGCCAAAGGCAAAAGGGAGAGGCUACACACACCACAUGAUAGAACUACAUGGUGGAACACACCUUCAAAACCCACCAAAAAAAAAAUCUCUAAGCUGCAGAGACUCUUCAGUCCUGUCCGGGGACUGUGGCUCUUUCAGAUAGGUGACUGGCUAUUAAGUCCUAGAGAUUAUUCCAAAUCCAUGAUCAUUGCCUUUGUGGAGAUUUGGGUCAUCCAUUUGAGGAGACUGCUAUUUCAAUAACCUGUCCUUCCUAUUCUGCAUCUGUAACCCUGAAUUUGACCCCUUGGGUAGAAUCCUAUUAUCCUCAAGAGACUUGAUCCUGGUAAAUUGAGGUCUUCACCUAAAUGAAAGACAUUUCAUUUCCCUGGCUCGCCAGCAACAUUUAUUUAUGAAUACCAAACAGCUUUAAUAUUCUUUCCUCCCUGGUAUUACUGCCUCCUUUUGAUUUGAUUUUUUUGUGUGUCUAAGAAGCAGGAAAAAAAAAUCUUAGGUUUUAAAAAGUUUAAAAAAAAUUGUUUCAAAAACUGUCAAAUGUACCAUAUUUGUAUUAAGAGUUGUUGGGAAUUUUUGUACAAUGAAUUUACAUUUAUUUAUGGUGACUUAUAUUUACGCUUGUGAUCAAAUCAUGAUGUUAAAUUCUUAAAUCAUAUUUGCUAUGCAGCUGAAGAUGAUAUUUUGCUUUGUAUUUUGGGGUACCUGUGUUGAGUUGAUAAACAUUUCCAUCUCUACAUCUCCAUUAAAACUUCCAAACCAGCA